GGUCCGUUCCUUCCCGAGAACGUUAUGGAGAGUUUAUUGAGUUGGCAUUUUUCUCAAUGUUUCUGAUGAGGUGUGCAAAUAAUCCCUUGUUUCAAAAUAUCGCUCGGUGGGAGAAGGACAAGCCGAAGUUUCUUGCCGGCCCGUCCGCGCCCUCCCCGCUUGAUUUGGUCAGAACCAUGGCAGGAAAACAGAAUCCAACGGAGACACGCAGCCGCUGCCUCCCUCAGCCAGGUUGCCUCCUCCCGAUAUCAUUUUCUGUGGGUGUUUUCCCGGGGUCUGGAUGGCCCACCCGCGACCCUCUGGCACCACUGGAGUCAAAUAUGAACACAAGCAUGCCAAGGCACUUGGGCGUCUCAAACCACAGCAAGGCAAACGUGGGUGGGCAUCAACUCCGAGACCUCAGUCUCCAGUUAGAGACGAGAGAAGACCCUCUGAAGUCGGUGGGCUGGGCAGACACGAGUCACGUCCGACGGAUUUCGAGGGGUCUGCUCUCUUUCCGACUAACCUCCGAUUCCACCCCAAACGCCUGAGCAAAAUUGCUGCAAAGGAGGGGCGCUUCUCGCAGGUUCCUCGGCAAGUCCGGGGCUUGCCAGUUUCACUUUCGUUCCUGAGAGAAAACCAAUUACUGUAACUUCCCUCGGCUCCUUAAUCUCGUUGUCUCAACCCGGGAGGCGCCGCGCUGUUGCUCUCGCGUUAGAGUCCUGCGUCCAGGUGCAGAAUGAGUGGACCAGAGAGUCCUCCAGAGAUCGAUGAGGAGUUGUAUUCUCGCCAGCUUUACGUCCUGGGCCAUAAAGCCAUGCAGAAGAUGGCUGCUGUUGCUGUGCUGGUCUCUGGCAUGAAGGGACUCGGGGUGGAGAUUUCCAAGAACAUUAUCCUUGCAGGUGUGAAAUCUGUCACUGUCCAUGAUGAGAACAAUGCUCAGUGGAAUGACCUCUCCUCACAGUUCUAUCUGUCAGAGAAAGAUGUGGGGCAAAACCGAGCUGUGAUCUCCCGGCGCCAUCUUGCCAAGCUGAACAGCUACGUCCCAGUGCUAGACUAUACUGAGAGGCUGUCUGAAAGUUUCUUGUCUACUUUCCAGGUUGUGGUCCUGACCAACUCACCCUUGGAAGAACAGCUGCGCAUCAGCGAUUUCUGCCACGCCAAUGACAUUUGCUUUGUCCUAGCUGACACAAAGGGCCUAGCUGGGCAACUGUUCUGUGACUUUGGAGAACACUUUGUGGCAUGCGAUCCAUCAGAGGCUGAACCUGUGUCUGCUGCUAUUCUACACAUCACCCAGUGUAACCCUGGAGUAUUGACAGUGGCCUAUGAUGAUGAGCAGGGACAAAACCACCGCUUUGAGGAUGGUGACUGGGUAAUGUUCACAGAGGUGGAGGGGAUGACCGAGCUGAAUGGCCUCCAGCCGCAGCCCAUCCGUGUGAAAGGGGAAAACAGCUUGGAAAUUGGAGACACAUCUUCCUUUUCUCCAUACAAUUGUGGUGGGGUCAUCACUCAAGUCAAGAUGCCUCAAAAUUACUCGUUUGAAUCCUUGCGUGUCUCCAGGACUGAUCCUAAGAUCAAGACCUCAGAUAUGGGGAAACUGGCUCACUAUCACACGCUCCACAUGGCCUUCUGGGCACUUCAUCUCUUCCGGAGUGAGAUGCAGAGGCUGCCUAAGCCCAGAAAUCAAGCUGAUGCAGACAAGAUGGUGGAACUGGCACAGACCGUAUCUAUGGGCCAGGAGUCAUUGCAGGAGGAUCUAAUCCGGACCUUUGCCUAUGGGUGUACAGGGGACCUGAAUCCUCUCAAUGCCUUCAUUGGAGCACAAGCAGCCCAAGAAGUGUUGAAGGCCACCUCGGGGAAGUUCACCCCUCUGGACCAGUGGCUGUACUUCGAUGCCUUUGAGUGCCUCCCUGAAGAGGAGCAUGGUGUGCGGUUGACGGCGGAUGACUGUGCGCCUCGUGACAACCGCUAUGAUGGGCAGAUUGCCAUUUUCGGGGCUGACUUCCAGGAGCAACUUGGGAAGCAGCAAUAUUUCAUGGUGGGAGCAGGUGCCAUUGGUUGUGAGCUCCUGAAGAAUUUUACUAUGAUUGGUUUGGCUGCUGGUGAGGGCGGGAACAUCACUGUGACAGACAUGGACACCAUUGAGUACUCCAACCUCAACAGGCAGUUCCUCUUUCGACCACAGGAUGUUUCUAAGUCAAAGUCAGAAGUGGCUGCUGCCGCCAUAAAGUCCAUGAACCCCAAUGUCAAUGUGACUGCCGAGCAGAAUCAAGUGGGGCCUGACACAGAGCACUUUUAUGGAGAUGAUUUCUUCCUUGGCUUAGAUGGUGUGGCCAGUGCUCUGGACAGCUUUGAAGCUAGAGCGUACGUGGGGAAGAAAUGUGUGCAGUACCUGAAGCCUCUGCUUGAUUCAGGAACGCAUGGCACCAAGGGGCACGUCCAGGUCUAUGUACCCUUUCUGACCGAGUCUUAUGGCCAAGCUCAAGAGGUGGACAAGCAGGAGUAUCCUCUGUGCAGUCUGCGCCAUUUUCCUAGCACCAUCCAGCACACCAUCCAGUGGGCCAGAAAUCAGUUUGAGCAUCUUUUCAAGGUGACGGCAGACAGCGUCAACAAAUUCCUCCGAGAUCCCACCUACCUUGAAGCCCGAGAAGGGGAGGCUUUGGAGUCGCUGGAGCACGUGCGAAUCAGCCUUCAGGAGAAACCACGCAACUGGAAGGACUGUGUGACCUGGGCCCGGAGACUUUGGGAGCGUCUUUUCUCACAUGACAUCCAGCAGCUGCUGUACAACUAUCCACCUGAACAUAAGACAAGCUUUGGACUUCCUUUCUGGUCAGGACUGAAGCGAUGCCCUCAGCCAUUGGAUUUCGACUGCCGUAACGCCACCCACAUGGCCUUCAUUGUGGCUGCUAGUCGCCUCUUUGCCCAAACACAUGGGUUGCACGUGAAGGAGGACAAAGCUGCCGCCUUCCAAGUCCUCUUAGACUUGCACCUCCCACCUUUCCAGCCAUGCCAGGGAGUGCACAUCCCCCUCACUGACCAGGAGAUCCAGGAUUCACAGGACGCUGCUGUUCAGGGGAGGCUGCCAGAGCUGAGGUGGGAACUGACGAAGCUAAAACGAGAGCUGGAAAAGAACGUCAACCUCACAUCUGAUUUAAUGGAACCCAUUUACUUUGAGAAGGAUAAUGCUUGUCACUUGGACUUCAUUGCAACUGUGGCCAAUUUGCGAGCCGAAAACUAUCGCAUCCCUCCUGCUGAUAAGCUCCAGGUCCAGAAGAUUGCCGGCGGGAUCAUCCCUGCCAUUGCCACGACAACAGCUGCUGUGGCUGGCCUGGUGUGCCUGGAACUUUAUAAGUUGGUGUGGCAACACAGGCAGCUCAGCUCCUAUCGCAGCACCUUCUUGCGUCUCUCAGAGCCCUUGCUCAAUCGCUUCCACCCCCAGGCGCCUCCAGAAACAUACAAGUACCACCAGAAGACAUGGAGUUGUUGGGACAGGAUUGAAGUGCCAGGUUUUGAUGCUGAGGGAGAAGAGAUCACCUUGAGAGCGCUCUGUGAUCAUAUCCAGAGGGAGCAUGGCCUUGUGCUGCAGAUGCUUCUCUAUGGGGCAGCAAUCCUCUAUGCUGCAUUCUUGGAAGAAAAGGACAGACAGGAACGGCUUUCCUACAGGCUGACUGAACUGGUUCACCAGACCACCGGAGAGAGAGUGUCCCAGGAGUGCCGGCUCUUGGUGUUCUCAAUUAUCUGUGACGAAGAAGACGAGGAGAGCGAUAUACCUCCUGUUCAUGUCUGGCUCCAACCAACAAAGAGUAAAGAAUGAAUUGUUGUUUCUCCAUCUUCCCCACAGUGCUGCUUCCAGAGGGUUUCCUAGGCCUCCAGCGACAGUUUUGGGGGCACAUAGAGGAGAGUUGUGCUAGGGAGAGAGGAUUCCCGCCCCCGUUUAACCCUGGAAUCUCCUGUUGUAGUGGUGGAAAUCCAGCCUCGGAUCCUCGCCGAAAGUGCUUUGUACCCUUCUAAAAAUUCUCACUAUGAUUACACAAUGGCUGUUAACAGAGAUAGCUUGUCUGAGAAUUCCCUGUUUGUGACUUGAUUUUAAAGACAAGGUUGGUGUCAUGUGUAACUGCAAAUGUUCCCUGAAGCAGCGCUACUGAUAACAUCUGAUAAAGGUAACUGAGAGACUAGCCUUGCUCCUCCUCUCCCCGCUACCCUCUGCAGCAUUUAAUUUAAGUAAAAUAGCUAUUGGUUUACAUGAUGUUAAGGAUGUUAUGGCAGAGUGCCCUCUGACAGAUUGCAUCUCCUGUUUGCAGUAAAACUCUACCAACACAUUAGAGUAAUGAGCUGGACUAGAUGGUGAAACGAAGCAUCUUUUGUUUCAAAACUGGCUCUGCUCUUUGGAUCUUGGACAGGAUGUUCUUCCUUUGCUGCUUAUCUCUCAAAUUCUCACCGAAUGACUAGGAAUUACAGACUGGCUACAGCAAUAUACCAAACAAAAUGCUACUCGGGACCUUCUCAUGAAAACCAAGACCUGCUUCCCCCUUCCUCCCUAAGGAAAAUUGUGUUGUCUUGAUUGGCUUGUGUACAGAUUGUGUGCAGAUACAUUUGUUAAGUUUUCCUAUCAGUAGCCUUCUUAAUCUUUCUCAGUAUGCGUAGCAAGACAAAAUGCUUUUCUUUUUUCUUUUAGACUGACUGACUGAUUUUGGUGGGUGUGGAGGUGGAUUCAGUUCAUGGAACCUCACGUUGAAAUAAGUCUGUGUUAGGGUACAACCAGAUGGCAAUAUAGGAUCAUGUCGGAUCGCACGGGAAAGAGUCACUUUAGUCUGUCAAGGAAUCACUCCAGUCCACCCCCAAAAAGUGUAGCCCUGCUGAUGGACCAAAAAAGGACAUGGAGCAGGCCAGGCUGGAGCACGGUAGCCCAUAUAUUGUGUGACGGCUGGGAAAUAGCCUGCAGUGGACCAUGCUACAAGCAGUCCAAAAUGUGAACUUUUUCCGUGUCUGAUCAUACUCUUAAUCUUGAAAGUGCCACAAUAGGUAAUGUUACUGUUCUGCUUUGGCUUUUGUUAUAAGAACUUUCAAAGGGUUUUUCGUGGCCAUUCCUGGCUCUAAAGUUCCCUGACAAGGAAGCUAAUAUGCUUCUCUCCUGAAUUUCCUUCCACCUACAGUAGACUUUUUCAAUUAGGCAGCCUUUAGGCAGCUGAUUGGUUACUGAAGAAGGAGUUGUUCAUUGAGUGGGAAGUAUAUUUUGGUUCCUUUGCUGCCUUUUGAUGACGUGUCUAUAAGUUCCGUUCCUAAUCUAAUUGUCUUUUGAUACAUAAACUUGUUUAAUUGUA